AUGGCUCCGAUUGUAUCCGCUUCCGGUGCAGAGGCGAAGGCUCGUAAAAAUGCCUUCCUGAACUGGCAUCCGAGACGCAUCUCGUGCACAAGAUCAAUCGUCCUGACCUUUCAGAGCCGGUUCACACUGGACGAGAGGGCGAUCGGUCUGUGGGGUAGGGCCGGCCUACUAGUCACCGACCGUUUUUAUACUUCUGCCACUGCCGCUGGCACAACAAAUGGGCAAACUGUUCCGUCUGUCAGAUUUCACCUCACCCAGUAA